UAGUAUUGUAAUAAAAGUGAACCAAAUUCGUUUAGUCAUUAUUUUAUAUUAUUUUGAUUUUACUUAUUACCAUGAAAAGAUUAUUAAUUAUAUUUGUUUUAAUUUAUCUUAACGUUACUGGUCGAUAUUGUAUGCUACCAAAUAAUAUUCUUGAAAUCGAUAAUUUUGGUGUACCGUCACCAUAUGAGUUUUUAUGGAUAACAACUGUGUCCUAUUGUAAUGUACACUAUUUGACAUAUAAUAUGUUUAUUGGUGUUGGAGUACCAAUAAAAGAACAAAUGUAUUCUAAUGAUGAUAUAGCGGGUUUUCUUUUACCUGAAAAUAUAUAUGAGUGGUCAGAUGAAACAGUUUUAGACUCACCAUACAAAUUUAUAAAAUUGAGGGAAGCUUCACAAAUUAUUGAAAGUUUUGUUUUUGAAAUUAAGGAAUUUCAAAAUGUUACAGGAACUGAAGAUAUAAGCACAGGAUUAAAUAUAUGGAAGUCAAUUGAAGAUAACAUGGUCGAUUUCAUGAACAAUAUUUCCAUUUUAUCAAAUCAAGUGAACCAAGUGAUAAAUGAUAUGAAUAUUCUGCAAAAUAACACCGUGGAUACGUCAGCGAUGAUGUACUUAUACAUGGAUAUUUUUGAGAAUAUGGUUGAUAUUAUGACAGAAAAUAUCGUACCAUAUAAAAAUGCAUUUAAUUUCCUUGAAAAAUAUAAUUUGAAAACCUACCAAAAAAAAAAUAUUGAGCAAGAUAAGAAAAUCGAAAAUAAUCUUAAUUCACGUGAAUAUACUCGAGUGAAGUUGGCUAAAGUAUAUGAGUUGUACAUAGAAUCAUUAACAAUAUUUUACAACUCUGAAUUUGUUGACAAACAUUUUUCAAAACUAAAUUUUGUGAUGUGGUAUGACAUAAAUUCAUCGAAGAGUAUUUUUGACUAUACUGCAUCAAAACUUCUAACACACAUUAUAAAACUAAGAGAGUACAUUGAAGAAGCGUACAAAUUUAAUAAGAAAAAAAUACCAGCGAUAACAUCAAAAGUCCAAGAGUAUGUAUCUAUCAACUUAUAUAAUAUUGUUGGAGUAAUCAGGUCACCUCUACAAAAAAUUCUAAAAGAUGAAGAUUUAAUUAAAAAUGACGUAUUAUCGUGUCCUAAAUCUUAUGAUAAAAUGAUGAUAAAUGGAUUAUUAAGUUCUAAAAACGAAGAUUUGCAUAAGAGAAGAAUUAAGAAUAUUAAAUUAAGUUGGAAUGAUAGCACUAUACAAAUUGUUGCUUGGGACAUAAUAAAUAAAUAUAAUAGUUCAGUAUGUGAUACCAAUGUAAACCAUAACACAAAACUGAUGUAUUGGGCAGAACAAAUGUCAAUUGAUGAACAAAAAAUAAACGUACUGGAGUCAUCAAUUUAUGCAAUGAUCAUAAUAAAAAAUUUAGAAAACGUUGUUUUGUGUUCAAAUAUAGAGACAAAAUCAGAACCAGACAUAGAAGAACUUAUUCAAAAUCUUAUAGACGACGUGGACCAAAAAUUAAAUGAAAUAUAUAAAUACAGCAUAUACUCAAUUAUAGAGAGUAAAGAAAAUGUCAUAUCUGACGUAUGGAAAUAUAUAGAAAAUGAAAAUAAUAAUAUUUUUAAUAUUUUAGAUUGGUUAAACAAAAAUGAAUCUAAAACAAACAUUCCAUAUUGGCCAAACGAUGUGCCAUGCAAUGAAAUUUAUAUAAAAAAUAUAAUACAACUGGCUUCAGUAUCUUCAGAUAUGCUAUACGAUGUAACACUAACAAGUAUGCAUAGGGCAUUAGAAAAUAAUGAAAUUGAUAACGCCAUAGAAGAGUCAAACGCUUUGUUUAUAUUAAAAGAUCUUGAACGUGCUAAACACACAUAUAAAAAUGUUAUACAACAAAUAAAAAAUCUUAUUAGAAUCAAUACAAUGUAUAUAAAAUCCAACAAUUUAAUUGAUAUAAAUUUAAAAAAUAAAGCAAUACAAGAGUUAGCAAAAUGCAUUAAGUAUAAAAUAUUUGCGAUAACUGAAUUAAUAAUACCAGCUUUUAGAAACACAGAAUACUAUAAUCUGGUAGUGCCAGAAGAUACACAUGACUACACAGAACAUAUUAGUAACAUGAAUACCAUAUUUUAUUCCUAUUUUAGGAAGACAACAGACUUACAAAAAAAAAAUGAAACUGCCCUAAAUUUGAUAAAAAAAAAUGAGCAUGAAAUAAUAUCAAUCUAUAACACACUAAGAUAUAAACACCAAAAAGUUAAAAAGAAACAUAGAUACAUGAAGGUAUUAAAAUACAAUAUGAUAAGUGUAAAACGAAUGUACCGUACAAUUAUAAACCAAUUAAAAAAAAUAACUAAAGUCAACAAUAACCUCAAUUUGAAAAAUAACGAACAAGAAAUAAGACGAAGACUUAUGAUCACCGUGGCACUUAUUAUGGAAGAUUUCAUAAGGUUUGAUAUAUAUAUUGAUUGUCAACAUAAGAUAACACCAUUAUAUAAUGGAAGAUACAAAUAUAUUAUAUCAGGAAUUGAUCUUGAGAUUCAAAAUAAAAAAAUUGAUUAUAUAAAAAUUUACAAAAAAAUACGAAGUAAAAGUUCAAAAAUACCAGACGCCCAAACAGAUAACACGUUAAGUAGUGUUUCAACUAAAUCAUUAACGUCGACAGCUGUGUCUACUAAUCAGGGGGCCGAUUCCCUUGACACUCCUAACAUGCCAUCCGUAAACAAUUUGGACAUAGAAAAAACGGUCGUCAGCGGAAAAGACAUUGUAUCUAAAACGAUAGGUACUUCUGAUGAAAGUUCAUCAAUAGAUCUUCAAAGUGAAAAAACUGUUCAAUUCAGUUCAUUGCAAUCAACGUCCACAAAAGUAUCAAUGGAACAGAGUUCUGAUGAAAAUAACAUUCCUGACGUACUAUCUGCAACAAAUAUUGAUACCGGUAAUACAAAAAUAAAUGCUAAGGACAUUUCAACAACACCACUAGACUAUUUCGACGACACCAUGUUCCCAGAAGCCAAAACAGAUAACACGUUAAGUAGUGUUUCAACAAAAUCAUUAACGUCGACAGCUGUGUCUACUAAUCAGGGGGCCGAUUCCCUUGACACUCCUGACAUGGCAUCCGUAAACAAUUUGGACAUAGAAAAAACGGUCAUCAGCGGAAAAGACAUUGUAUCUAAAACGAUAGGUACUUCUGAUGAAAGUUCAUCAAUAGAUCUUCAAAGUGAAAAAACUGUUCAAUUCAGUUCAUUGCAAUCAACGUCCACAAAAGUAUCAAUGGAACAGAGUUCUGAAGAAAAUAAAAUUCCUGACGUACUAUCUGCAACAAAUAUUGAUACCGUUAAUACAAAAAUAAAUGCUAAGGACAUUUCAACAACACCAUUAGACUAUUAUGACGAUACCAUGUUCCCAGAAGCCCAAACAGAUAACACGUUAAGUAGUGUUUCAACUAAAUCAUUAACGUCGACAGCUUUGUCUACUAAUCAGGGGGCCGAUUCCCUUGACACUCCUGACAUGGCAUCCGUAAACAAUUUGGACAUAGAAAAAACGGUCAUCAGCGGAAAAGACAUUGUAUCUAAAACGAUAGGUACUUCUGAUGAAAGUUCAUCAAUAGAUCUUCAAAGUGAAAAAACUGUUCAAUUCAGUUCAUUGCAAUCAACGUCCACAAAAGUAUCAAUGGAACAGAGUUCUGAUGAAAAUAACAUUCCUGACGUACUAUCUGCAACAAAUAUUGAUACCGGUAAUACAAAAAUAAAUGCUAAGGACAUUUCAACAACACCACUAGACUAUUUCGACGACACCAUGUUCCCAGAAGCCAAAACCGAUAACACGUUAAGUAGUGUUUCAACUAAAUCAUUAACGUCGACAGCUGUGUCUACUAAUCAGGGGGCCGAUUCCCUUGACACUCCUAACAUGCCAUCCGUAAACAAUUUGGACAUAGAAAAAACGGUCGUCAGCGGAAAAGACAUUGUAUCUAAAACGAUAGGUACUUCUGAUGAAAGUUCAUCAAUAGAUCUUCAAACUGAAAAAACUGUUCAAUUCAGUUCAUUGCAAUCAACGUCCACAAAAGUAUCAAUGGAACAGAGUUCUGAUGAAAAUAACAUUCCUGACGUACUAUCUGCAACAAAUAUUGAUACCGGUAAUACAAAAAUAAAUGCUAAGGACAUUUCAACAACACCACUAGACUAUUUCGACGACACCAUGUUCCCAGAAGCCAAAACAGAUAACACUUUAAGUAGUGUUUCAACAAAAUCAUUAACGUCGACAGCUGUGUCUACUAAUCAGGGGGCCGAUUCCCUUGACACUCCUGACACGGCGUCCGUAAACAAUUUGGACAUAGAAAAAACAGUCAUCAGCGGAAAAGACAUUGUAUCUAAAACGAUAGGUACUUCUGAUGAAAGUUCAUCAAUAGAUCUUCAAACUGAAAAAACUGUUCAAUUCAGUUCAUUGCAAUCAACGUCCACAAAAGUAUCAAUGGAACAGAGUUCUGAUGAAAAUAACAUUCCUGACGUACUAUCUGCAACAAAUAUUGAUACCGGUAAUACAAAAAUAAAUGCUAAGGACAUUUCAACAACACCACUAGACUAUUUCGACGACACCAUGUUCCCAGAAGCCAAAACAGAUAACACUUUAAGUAGUGUUUCAACAAAAUCAUUAACGUCGACAGCUGUGUCUACUAAUCAGGGGGCCGAUUCCCUUGACACUCCUGACACGGCAUCCGUAAACAAUUUGGACAUAGAAAAAACGGUCAUCAGCGGAAAAGACAUUGUAUCUAAAACGAUAGGUACUUCUGAUGAAAGUUCAUCAAUAGAUCUUCAAACUGAUAAAACUGUUCAAUUCAGUUCAUUGCAAUCAACGUCCACAAAAGUAUCAAUGGAACAGAGUUCUGAUGAAAAUAACAUUCCUGACGUACUAUCUGCAACAAAUAUUGAUACCGGUAAUACAAAAUUAAAUGCUAAGGACAUUUCAACAACACCACUAGACUAUUUCGACGACACCAUGUUCCCAGAAGCCCAAGCAGAUAACACUUUAAGUAGUGUUUCAACAAAAUCAUUAACGUCGACAGCUGUGUCUACUAAUCAGGGGGCCGAUUUCCUUGACACUCCUGACACGGCAUCCGUAAACAAUUUGGACAUAGAAAAAACGGUCAUCAGCGGAAAAGACAUUGUAUCUAAAACGAUAGGUACUUCUGAUGAAAGUUCAUCAAUAGAUCUUCAAACUGAAAAAACUGUUCAAUUCAGUUCAUUGCAAUCAACGUCCACAAAAGUCUCAAUGGAACAGAGUUCUGAUGAAAAUAACAUUCCUGACGUACUAUCUGCAACAAAUAUUGAUACCGGUAAUACAAAAUUAAAUGCUAAGGACAUUUCAACAACACCACUAGACUAUUUCGACGACACCAUGUUCCCAGAAGCCAAAACAGAUAACACUUUAAGUAGUGUUUCAACAAAAUCAUUAACGUCGACAAAUGUUUCUACUAAUCAGGGGGCCGAUUCCCUUGACACUCCUGACACGGCGUCCGUAAGCAAUUUGGACAUAGAAAAAACGGUCAUCAGCGGAAAAGACAUUGUAUCUAAAACGAUAGGUACUUCUGAUGAAAGUUCAUCAAUAGAUCUUCAAACUGAAAAAACUGUUCAAUUCAGUUCAUUGCAAUCAACGUCCACAAAAGUAUCAAUGGAACAGAGUUCUGAUGAAAAUAACAUUCCUGACGUACUAUCUGCAACAAAUAUUGAUACCGGUAAUACAAAAAUAAAUGCUAAGGACAUUUCAACAACACCACUAGACUAUUUCGACGACACCAAGUUCCCAGAAGCCAAAACAGAUAACACUUUAAGUAGUGUUUCAACAAAAUCAUUAACGUCGACAGCUGUGUCUACUAAUCAGGGGGCCGAUUCCCUUGGCACUCCUGACACGGCAUCCGUAAACAAUUUGGACAUAGAAAAAACGGUCAUCAGCGGAAAAGACAUUGUAUCUAAAACGAUAGGUACUUCUGAUGAAAGUUCAUCAAUAGAUCUUCAAACUGAAAAAACUGUUCAAUUCAGUUCAUUGCAAUCAACGUCCACAAAAGUAUCAAUGGAACAGAGUUCUGAUGAAAAUAACAUUCCUGACGUACUAUCUGCAACAAAUAUUGAUACCGGUAAUACAAAAUUAAAUGCUAAGGACAUUUCAACAACACCACUAGACUAUUUCGACGACACCAUGUUCCCAGAAGCCAAAACAGAUAACACGUUAAGUAGUGUUUCAACAAAAUCAUUAACGUCGACAGCUGUGUCUACUAAUCAGGGGGCCGAUUCCCUUGACACUCCUGACACGGCAUCCGUAAACAAUUUGGACAUAGAAAAAACGGUCAUCAGCGGAAAAGACAUUGUAUCUAAAACGAUAGGUACUUCUGAUGAAAGUUCAUCAAUAGAUCUUCAAACUGAAAAAACUGUUCAAUUCAGUUCAUUGCAAUCAACGUCCACAAAAGUAUCAAUGGAACAGAGUUCUGAUGAAAAUAACAUUCCUGACGUACUAUCUGCAACAAAUAUUGAUACCGGUAAUACAAAAAUAAAUGCUAAGGACAUUUCAACAACACCAGUAGACUAUUUCGACGACACCAUGUUCCCAAAGGCCCAAGCAGAUAACACGUUAAGUAGUGUUUCAACAAAAUCAUUAAAUUCGACAGCUGUGUCUACUAAUCAGGGGGCCGAUUCCCUUGACACUCCUGACACGGCAUCCGUAAGCAAUUUGGACAUAGAAAAAACGGUCAUCAGCGGAAAAGACAUUGUAUCUAAAACGAUAGGUACUUCUGAUGAAAGUUCAUUAAUAGAUCUUCAAACUGAAAAAACUGUUCAAUUCAGUUCAUUGCAAUCAACGUCCACAAAAGUAUCAAUGGAACAGAGUUCUGAUGAAAAUAACAUUCCUGACGUACUAUCUGCAACAAAUAUUGAUACCGGUAAUACAAAAAUAAAUGCUAAGGACAUUUCAACAACACCACUAGACUAUUUCGACGACACCAUGUUCCCAGAAGCCAAAACAGAUAACACUUUAAGUAGUGUUUCAACAAAAUCAUUAACGUCGACAGCUGUGUCUACUAAUCAGGGGGCCGAUUCCCUUGGCACUCCUGACACGGCAUCCGUAAACAAUUUGGACAUAGAAAAAACGGUCAUCAGCGGAAAAGACAUUGUAUCUAAAACGAUAGGUACUUCUGAUGAAAGUUCAUCAAUAGAUCUUCAAACUGAUAAAACUGUUCAAUUCAGUUCAUUGCAAUCAACGUCCACAAAAGUAUCAAUGGAACAGAGUUCUGAUGAAAAUAACAUUCCUGACGUACUAUCUGCAACAAAUAUUGAUACCAGUAAUACAAAAAUAAAUGCUAAGGACAUUUCAACAACACCAGUAGACUAUUUCGACGACACCAUGUUCCCAAAGGCCCAAACAGAUAACACGUUAAGUAGUGUUUCAACAAAAUCAUUAAAUUCGACAGCGUUGUCUACUAAUCAGGGGGCCGAUUCCCUUGACACUCCUGACAUGGCAUCCGUAAACAAUUUGGACAUAGAAAAAACGGUCAUCAGCGGAAAAGACAUUGUAUCUAAAACGAUAGGUACUUCUGAUGAAAGUUCAUCAAUAGAUCUUCAAACUGAAAAAACUGUUCAAUUCAGUUCAUUGCAAUCAACGUCCACAAAAGUAUCAAUGGAACAGAGUUCUGAUGAAAAUAACAUUCCUGACGUACUAUCUGCAACAAAUAUUGAUACCGGUAAUACAAAAUUAAAUGCUAAGGACAUUUCAACAACACCACUAGACUAUUUCGACGACACCAUGUUCCCAGAAGCCAAAACAGAUAACACGUUAAGUAGUGUUUCAACAAAAUCAUUAACGUCGACAGCUGUGUCUACUAAUCAGGGGGCCGAUUCCCUUGACACCCCUGACACGGCAUCCGUAAACAAUUUGGACAUAGAAAAAACGGUCAUCAGCGGAAAAGACAUUGUAUCUAAAACGAUAGGUACUUCUGAUGAAAGUUCAUCAAUAGAUCUUCAAACUGAAAAAACUGUUCAAUUCAGUUCAUUGCAAUCAACGUCCACAAAAGUAUCAAUGGAACAGAGUUCUGAUGAAAAUAACAUUCCUGACGUACUAUCUGCAACAAAUAUUGAUACCGGUAAUACAAAAAUAAAUGCUAAGGACAUUUCAACAACACCAGUAGACUAUUUCGACGACACCAUGUUCCCAAAGGCCCAAGCAGAUGACACGUUAAGUAGUGUUUCAACAAAAUCAUUAAAUUCGACAGCUGUGUCUACUAAUCAGGGGGCCGAUUCCCUUGACACUCCUGACACGGCAUCCGUAAGCAAUUUGGACAUAGAAAAAACGGUCAUCAGCGGAAAAGACAUUGUAUCUAAAACGAUAGGUACUUCUGAUGAAAGUUCAUCAAUAGAUCUUCAAACUGAAAAAACUGUUCAAUUCAGUUCAUUGCAAUCAACGUCCACAAAAGUAUCAAUGGAACAGAGUUCUGAUGAAAAUAACAUUCCUGACGUACUAUCUGCAACAAAUAUUGAUACCGGUAAUACAAAAUUAAAUGCUAAGGACAUUUCAACAACACCACUAGACUAUUUCGACGACACCAUGUUCCCAGAAGCCAAAACAGAUAACACGUUAAGUAGUGUUUCAACAAAAUCAUUAACGUCGACAGCUGUGUCUACUAAUCAGGGGGCCGAUUCCCUUGACACUCCUGACUCGGCAUCCGUAAACAAUUUGGACAUAGAAAAAACGGUCAUCAGCGGAAAAGACAUUGUAUCUAAAACGAUAGGUACUUCUGAUGAAAGUUCAUCAAUAGAUCUUCAAACUGAAAAAACUGUUCAAUUCAGUUCAUUGCAAUCAACGUCCACAAAAGUAUCAAUGGAACAGAGUUCUGAUGAAAAUAACAUUCCUGACGUACUAUCUGCAACAAAUAUUGAUACCGGUAAUACAAAAAUAAAUGCUAAGGACAUUCCAACAACACCAGUAGACUAUUUCGACGACACCAUGUUCCCAAAGGCCCAAGCAGAUGACACGUUAAGUAGUGUUUCAACAAAAUCAUUAAAUUCGACAGCUGUGUCUACUAAUCAGGGGGCCGAUUCCCUUGACACUCCUGACACGGCAUCCGUAAGCAAUUUGGACAUAGAAAAAACGGUCAUCAGCGGAAAAGACAUUGUAUCUAAAACGAUAGGUACUUCUGAUGAAAGUUCAUCAAUAGAUCUUCAAACUGAAAAAACUGUUCAAUUCAGUUCAUUGCAAUCAACGUCUACAAAAGUCUCAAUGGAACAGAGUUCUGAUGAAAAUAACAUUCCUGACGUACUAUCUGCAACAAAUAUUGAUACUGGUAAUACAAAAUUAAAUGCUAAGGACAUUUCAACAACACCACUAGACUAUUUCGACGACACCAUGUUCCCAGAAGCCAAAACAGAUAACACUUUAAGUAGUGUUUCAACAAAAUCAUUAACGUCGACAGCUGUGUCUACUAAUCAGGGGGCCGAUUCCCUUGACACUCCUGACACGGCAUCCGUAAACAAUUUGGACAUAGAAAAAACGGUCAUCAGCGGAAAAGACAUUGUAUCUAAAACGAUAGGUACUUCUGAUGAAAGUUCAUCAAUAGAUCUUCAAACUGAAAAAACUGUUCAAUUCAGUUCAUUGCAAUCAACGUCCACAAAAGUAUCAAUGGAACAGAGUUCUGAUGAAAAUAACAUUCCUGACGUACUAUCUGCAACAAAUAUUGAUACCGGUAAUACAAAAAUAAAUGCUAAGGACAUUUCAACAACACCAGUAGACUAUUUCGACGACACCAUGUUCCCAGAAGCCAAAACAGAUAACACGUUAAGUAGUGUUUCAACAAAAUCAUUAACGUCGACAGCUGUGUCUACUAAUCAGGGGGCCGAUUCCCUUGACACUCCUGACACGGCAUCCGUAAACAAUUUGGACAUAGAAAAAACGGUCAUCAGCGGAAAAGACAUUGUAUCUAAAACGAUAGGUACUUCUGAUGAAAGUUCAUCAAUAGAUCUUCAAACUGAAAAAACUGUUCAAUUCAGUUCAUUGCAAUCAACGUCCACAAAAGUAUCAAUGGAACAGAGUUCUGAUGAAAAUAACAUUCCUGACGUACUAUCUGCAACAAAUAUUGAUACCAGUAAUACAAAAAUAAAUGCUAAGGACAUUUCAACAACACCACUAGACUAUUUCGACGACACCAUGUUCCCAGAAGCCAAAAAAGAUAACACUUUAAGUAGUGUUUCAACAAAAUCAUUAACGUCGACAGCUGUGUCUACUAAUCAGGGGGCCGAUACCCUUGGCACUCCUGACACGGCAUCCGUAAACAAUUUGGACAUAGAAAAAACGGUCAUCAGCGGAAAAGACAUUGUAUCUAAAACGAUAGGUACUUCGGAUGAAAGUUCAUCAAUAGAUCUUCAAACUGAAAAAACUGUUCAAUUCAGUUCAUUGCAAUCAACGUCCACAAAAGUAUCAAUGGAACAGAGUUCUGAUGAAAAUAACAUUCCUGACGUACUAUCUGCAACAAAUAUUGAUACCGGUAAUACAAAAAUAAAUGCUAAGGACAUUUCAACAACACCAGUAGACUAUUUCGACGACACCAUGUUCCCAAAGGCCCAGACAGAUAACACGUUAAGUAGUGUUUCAACAAAAUCAUUAAAUUCGACAGCUGUGUCUACUAAUCAGGGGGCCGAUUCCCUUGACACUCCUGACACGGCAUCCGUAAACAAUUUGGACAUAGAAAAAACGGUCAUCAGCGGAAAAGACAUUGUAUCUAAAACGAUAGGUACUUCUGAUGAAAGUUCAUCAAUAGAUCUUCAAACUGAAAAAACUGUUCAAUUCAGUUCAUUGCAAUCAACGUCUACAAAAGUCUCAAUGGAACAGAGUUCUGAUGAAAAUAACAUUCCUGACGUACUAUCUGCAACAAAUAUUGAUACUGGUAAUACAAAAUUAAAUGCUAAGGACAUUUCAACAACACCACUAGACUAUUUCGACGACACCAUGUUCCCAGAAGCCAAAACAGAUAACACUUUAAGUAGUGUUUCAACAAAAUCAUUAACGUCGACAGCUGUGUCUACUAAUCAGGGGGCCGAUUCCCUUGACACUCCUGACACGGCAUCCGUAAACAAUUUGGACAUAGAAAAAACGGUCAUCAGCGGAAAAGACAUUGUAUCUAAAACGAUAGGUACUUCUGAUGAAAGUUCAUCAAUAGAUCUUCAAACUGAAAAAACUGUUCAAUUCAGUUCAUUGCAAUCAACGUCCACAAAAGUAUCAAUGGAACAGAGUUCUGAUGAAAAUAACAUUCCUGACGUACUAUCUGCAACAAAUAUUGAUACCGGUAAUACAAAAAUAAAUGCUAAGGACAUUUCAACAACACCAGUAGACUAUUUCGACGACACCAUGUUCCCAGAAGCCAAAACAGAUAACACGUUAAGUAGUGUUUCAACAAAAUCAUUAACGUCGACAGCUGUGUCUACUAAUCAGGGGGCCGAUUCCAAUGACACUCCUGACAUGGCAUCCGUAAACAAUUUGGACAUAGAAAAAACGGUCAUCAGCGGAAAAGACAUUGUAUCUAAAACGAUAGGUACUUCUGAUGAAAGUUCAUCAAUAGAUCUUCAAACUGAAAAAACUGUUCAAUUCAGUUCAUUGCAAUCAACUUCCACAAAAGUAUCAAUGGAACAGAGUUCUGAUGAAAAUAACAUUCCUGACGUACUAUCUGCAACAAAUAUUGAUACCGGUAAUACAAAAUUAAAUGCUAAGGACAUUUCAACAACACCACUAGACUAUUUCGACGACACCAUGUUCCCAGAAGCCAAAACAGAUAACACUUUAAGUAGUGUUUCAACAAAAUCAUUAACGUCGACAGCUGUGUCUACUAAUCAGGGGGCCGAUUCCCUUGACACUCCUGACACGGCAUCCGUAAACAAUUUGGACAUAGAAAAAACGGUCAUCAGCGGAAAAGACAUUGUAUCUAAAACGAUAGGUACUUCUGAUGAAAGUUCAUCAAUAGAUCUUCAAACUGAAAAAACUGUUCAAUUCAGUUCAUUGCAAUCAACGUCCACAAAAGUAUCAAUGGAACAGAGUUCUGAUGAAAAUAACAUUCCUGACGUACUAUCUGCAACAAAUAUUGAUACCGGUAAUACAAAAUAAAUGCUAAGGACAUUUCAACAA